AUUUAUUGCAAUUCGUUGCAAAUGUUGAUUGCAGUGACUUCUUUGUUUUUCGAUACAAUUUUCGAAUCUUUUAUGUUGGACAGUUAGAUAGUGUUGAGCGUACAAUAUAUUUAAGUUUAUACAUUGUUAUUAAUUCCAUUUCCAUUUUGUGAUCAAACAUAAUAUUAUUUCACGAUAUUAAUUUUUCUUCCUUCUCGUGUGAGUCUCAGUUCAAGAUGUCCGGGAUUUCUGAGAUUUUUUGAGUAAUUUCUUCUCAACGUGAAAGCAAUACGGGACGAUGGCAAAUUACCACGCACCAUUUGCCCUGGUUGUAACAUUCAACUGGAGGCUACGAUACAAUUUUUUGAAUUAUUGGUGGAUGGUCAGAGGAAAAUUCGUGAGAUGUGGAAGCAUCAGAUAGAACAUCAACGUAAGGCCGAACGAGAACGCCUACGUGUAGAAAAGGAAACCACAGAAGUCAGAUCAGAAGCAUCAGAAAUGGACAAUAUUUCAACAAGAUACAACGAAGAGGACCAGUUCGAACAACAGAUUAUAAUAAAAAUAAUGCCAGAUGGUUCUAUGUACGCUGCUGAGCACGAAAUGAGUUUACAAAUGGAGGGAUUGAGUAAACCAAAACGAAAACGAGGACGUCCACCAAAGUCUCAUACAGAGAAUAUGUCUAUGGAAUUAUCGAAAGGAGAAGCAGUAGAGAUAGCUAGUCAAGAAGAAGAAGACAAACAUGAAGAAGAAACAGAUGAAGUAGAUGGAGAUGGAAGACGUCGUAGAAAGCGUAAAGUUCCUAAAAGAUAUAUGGAAGCUGUCCAAGGGAAAGAACUAGAAAGAAUAUACAAAGAAGAAGGAGUAAUUGAUGAAGAAGAUGAUGAUGAACCUGAUAACUUUGAAGAUUCUGAAGAACAAUUAAAUCUGUCUGUUCCUGAUAGUCAUGAAGAAAUAAUUGGUCACUUAGAAUCUGAAGAAGGAAAAGACCUUGGUGAAUUGGUGAUUGUAAAUCGAGGUAGAGGACGAGGUCGACCAAAAUUACGCCGGAGAAGAAAUAAAUUCACAUGUCAAUUGUGUGGUCGAGGAUUUCUUCAACGUAGCAGAUAUAUUGUACACAAGAGUUUUCACAAAGGUACAAAGUACGAAUGUUUAGAAUGUAAAAAAUUAUUUACAAAUAAAGAAAAUUUAGAAUUGCAUCAGAAGGCAACUCAUGAUGUUGGGAAUGACAUUAAUCAAGAUUUUGAACAUGGUGUUCAAGAUCCAAACUUUGAAUCAAAACAUCACUUAUCUGAAGCAGAUGAUAUUUCUAGCACUCUUGAACAUGUUUUAACUGAAGAACAACAUUCAAAUAAAUUGUCAAGCAAUUCUAGUGAUACUCAGAAAAAUUUUUCAUGUGAUCAAUGUGAGAAAUUAUUUGAAACAAAAGAAAUGCAUGACUUACAUUUAAAAAUGGCUCAUGAUCGCGAUAAAUUAUAUAUAUGCACUAUUUGUAAUAAAAAUUUCACUCAACAAGCGGCUUUGAAACAUCAUUUGUCAAUACAUGAGAGAAAUAAAUUAGAGAAAGAGUAUCCAUGUGAUAUUUGUGGAAAAGUGCUCAAUCAUCCUAGUUCUGUAGUAUAUCACAAAGAAGCAGAACACAAUAAUGGACGCCGAUUUGUUUGUAACAAAUGCGGGAAAAGUUUUAAACAUAAACAAUUGUUACAACGUCAUCAACUUGUUCAUUCUGAUGAUCGACCAUAUAUUUGUAAAUCUUGUAAUGCCAGUUUUAAAACAAAAGCAAAUUUAAUUAAUCAUCAAUCUACGCACACCGGGGAAAAAAAAUAUUUUUGCGAAAUUUGUGGACAACAAUUUGCACAUAAAACUAGUCUCACACUCCAUUAUAGGUGGCAUACAGGACAUAAACCUUAUACAUGUGAGGUAUGUCAUAAAAGUUUUUCACAAAAUGGAAAUUUACAAGAACAUAUGCGAAUACAUACAGGAGAAAAACCUUAUUGCUGCGAUUAUUGUGGUAGAAAGUUUACUACUUCUUCGCAAUUUAAACUUCAUGUGAAACGACAUACUGGCGAGCGUCCUUGGAAAUGUGAAUUUUGUGCAAAAUGUUUUUUGCAUAAAGAUACCUGGAAAUGUCACGUACGCAGGCACAAAGGAGAACGUCCUUUUCAAUGUGCUCAUUGUAAUCGAGGUUUUACUGAACAAUGGGCUUUAAAAAAGCAUCUCCGUUUGCACACUGGUGAAAAACCUUACUCCUGUGAUAUCUGUGGGAAAGCAUUUGCUGACUGUUCAAACUUAACAAAACAUAAAAAGGUACAUAGAGAAAAUAAACUUUCUGCAAUAAGUGAAAUAGAAGGAUCUCCAAUCGGAGAAGUUUGGCAAAUUUUACCAAGUUCUCAAGAAUCUGAUGAGCAUUCAUUAACUGACCAAAUGGCACAAGUUAUUGCAACGGAUGAGACAUCUGGAGAUGGUAUUCAACAAAUAAUAUAUGUUUCAUACCAAGAUCCAGAUGAUCCUAAUCAAUCUCGAACUUUGCAUUUCGUUGAUGCUGGAAUGAUGAGAAAUAAAGAGGAGAAACCAAAUGUAAGCCAAUCAUUAUCACAUUUAAACGUUAGCAAUGAUGGAAUGCUUUCUAAUCCAGUUCAUGCUAAUGAAAAUAAUAGCUCAAACGAACGAAUAAAUGUGGAACUUUCAGAAUCUGAUCUUCAACUUCAGAUUACAGAUGAAGAAGGUAAUCCAAUUCCUCUUUCAAUUCAGGAUGCCCGACAGCUUUUGUCUCAGAGUCAAUUUGUUAAUCAAUUAAGUGAUGGUCAAGAAAUUAGAGUUCACUCUGGUGUCAUACCAGAUGAAUUAACAACACCAUUAAAUGUACACGUUAAUCAAAAUUCUGAUAUAAAGAAUGUUGACAUUUCUAAUACAGUAGAAACAAAAGUGAAAAAUAUUUCAACUGUACAAACAGAUGCAGAAGCAAUUGUAAAGGCACUACAGGAUGAAGAUACAGAUGCAAGUGCUGUUGCAACAAUUAAUCAAAUAGAAGGAUCAGAACAAUCAGGAAUUGCCGAAAACGAACAAGCAAUAGAAUUCACUACACAAGAUGGUCAGAAAGUUCGUUUAGUUACUUCUUAUCACGUGGAUCCAAUGCAACUUGCUUCUGAGUACCUGACUAUUGUAUAAAUUUUUAAAAUAAUUGUGGUUCAUACAAACAUUUUAUACUGAAUAACUAAAUUUUUAAGAUACAUUACUUAUUAAUAAAACUUUGCUAGCUUACAUAAAUGCAACUUUGCUAGCUCGAUUAAAUCAUGUACAAUUAUAAUUGUUUUUUAGAUAAAUAGAUAGAUAGAUAGAUAAUUGUUUAUUCCUAUAGACAAUUUCUUGUUUUAUUUCUAUUCUCUAAAGCAAUUAUAGUCGUAUAAGUUGAUAAAUGCUCCAAAUUGACAAAAUUUCGUUAAUAAUUAGACAAUAUACUUGGAAAGGUUUUUAUGUAAAUUGUUUUUUUAAAUUUUAUUUUUAAAUUGUAAAUUAAUUUAACGAAAUUCUUAAAUGUCAAAACUAACUAAAUAUUGUAAUAAUCGAUGAUAUACACACGCGUGCUUAUAUGUAGAUUAUGUAUACAUAUAUAAUAAAUAUUUAAAACAUUUGUUAUUUCUUUUUCGAUAUUUAAUAUAUUAAAGGAAAGAUGAUACAUUAAUUAUUGAAAGUAUUUUCAAAAUUUCAUUUAAGGGUUUAAAUCAUAUUCAUUCACCU